AUGGCCACUUUUGAUGAAACCGAUCGCCGGUUUACGACGGACUUCAACGCUGCUAUUGCGCUGCUCGAACAAGACGAAUUCGAGAAGUGUACUGAGGCUUUGCGCAAUAUGCUCGCCGACUCCGAUAUCCCUAGGUAUCACCGCAUCAAAUGUUACACAAUGCUUGCAGGCAUUCUGGAUGACUUCCAUGAAGCAUACGUCUCUUACGUCAAAGGCGAAACCCUUUGGCGUAUUACGAAGCAAUGGCAUGGUAACGAUCCAAAUCCGGCUCUGAAAGAGGCGCUGGAUGACCUUCACGAGGGCUUGGAAGAGAUAAGGGAAGCUUUGGUCAACGACGAGGAACGGCCCGAGGACACACCAGUCCCGGACGUUGAGACAGAUGUGCUUCGUACCCUAGAGUACAAUUACUAUGCCAGACUGGAGGAGGACCAUGAGAUCGAAGAGGCAGAGAGAGAGACGUGGUCAGAGGACGAGAUGAGCGACGAGGACAUGGGCGGCGAAGAGGAAGUGAGCGACAAGGAAACGAAGGUCAAUGUCGAGCAGAAAUUGGGCGACAAAGACGAGAGCGAGGCGCAGAAGGCUACCGAAAAGGAGACAGCAGUACAGGGUCAAAAGCCAAAGGGCGAGAUGGUAUGUCUGAAAGGUAUUGCUGUCGAAGAGGUUGUGUUGACAUCGCGCAGGCGUUACCAUACCGUCCGCGACACAUACGCUGACCCACUUUGGGCGAAAACAAAGACAUCGUGUCAGAGAAGUCCUGGAGGCCAUAUGCUUGAUCGAACGAUCAGGUUUAAGUCUACGGUGGCACAGAACAGGAUAGACCAGACAAUCCAGCACCUUUGCCGGCGUCUAGCAUAUCGAUUCCUACACACAGCCUCUUUGAGACCUCUCUAUAGAGAGCAAAAGAUGAGAGUUUGUCAGGAAUAA